AUGGAGCCCCCGACUUCCGCCCCAGUGCCGUCAUCAUCGUCCAACACCAACACACAUUCGUCUAGAGGAAGGAAGCGACCUAGACGCGGCAGAGGUGGACAGCGAGGUGGCGCCGAGAGUUCUGUCUUGAGUCUGCGGCCUGCAAGUGUUGCGCCGGAUUCUCAAACAUCAACCGCUCAGCCCAACAGCGCCGAAGAAGCCUCCCAAAGAGGUACUCGAGGAGGGCGCAGUAGGGGGCGUGGAAGAGGGAGAGGUGGCCGAGUAGCGCCAGAAGCCCGCACUGCAAAUGGUCGGACGUUUGGGGGUCAACUUACAACAUCAGAGACUCAUGAUUCCGACGCCACCUUGACUGCCGGAGAACUCCAAGGAAGUGCGCCUGUUUUCGUGCCCGGCCAACAGCAUGUUCAAAGUGUAGCACACGCUAGACCUGGAACAAAGUCUUCGAAACCGCCGCGCCAGCCAAAGCCACAAGCCCCGAAAUCACAGGCCCCAGACAUUGCCACACGCACGCACGAAGACAUCGACAACGGCCACUACGAAUGUCCCAUCUGCACAAGCGAUGUCCAGAGAAAGUCGAAAGUUUGGUCAUGUCACACUUGCUGGACAGUCUUUCAUCUGUCUUGCAUCAAGAAAUGGUCGACUAAUUUGGGCUCUGCCGCCGAGCAGCAGCGUGAUCAGAAUGGAGAGCUUCCGCCUAGACUUUGGCGAUGUCCCGGUUGCAAUCUACCCAAGGACACCCUGCCUUCCUCUUACACGUGCUGGUGCGAAAAGGAGCUCGAACCUCGACCACUCGCCGGACUCCCUCCACAUUCAUGCGGCCAGUCGUGCGGUAAAGAUCGUGUUCGAAAAUGUCCUCAUCCGUGCCAGUUAACCUGCCACGCUGGCCCUUGCCCGCCGUGCAGUCACAUGGCUCCUUCACAGUCUUGUUUCUGUGGAAAGCACGAAACCACAAAGCGAUGCUCGGAGACCAAUUAUGACUCUGGCUGGACUUGCGGUGAGAUCUGCGGAGCUGCCAUGGCAUGUGGAGAGCAUCGAUGCAGCCGACCAUGCCACGAAGGCAGCUGUGGACCUUGUGAAGUGCGCUUACCCGCUCGCUGCUACUGCGGUCAGAUGGAAAAGGACGUGCUUUGCAGCGACCGAGGCGACCCAGCACAGAGCGUCCGCAAUCAUAAAACCGACUCCCACGAGAUGGUUUCAGAAUCCUGGAUCGGUGUUUUCGACUGCGGUAACACUUGCCAAAGAGAGUUCGACUGCGGUAUACACCGCUGUGCUAAGGGCUGCCAUCCUCAGGAUGCUGACUGUGGUCACUGUCCAAGCUCGCCGGAUGUCGUCACUCACUGCUCUUGCGGAAAGACACCAUUGGCCGAGCUGACAGACGAGAAGCGGACGUCUUGCAAUGACCCAAUACCAGCUUGCACCAAAGCUUGCGACAAAGUCUUGGCCUGCGGUCACCAGUGCCCGGAGGUGUGCCACACGGGCGACUGUCCUUCCUGCCUGAAGACCGUCGACAUCAACUGCCGAUGUGGCAGGACUACAUCUCGAAGUAUGUGCCACCAGGGGAUCGAUGAGCCGCCACAGUGUAUGCGUGUCUGCCGGAUUACGCUGAAUUGUGGAAGACAUAUGUGCGAGGAGCACUGUUGUGCUGGCGAACGUAAAGCCCACGAACGCCAAGCCAGCAAGCGCAAGCAACGGCCACUCAGCUCUGCACCGCGGCGAUUAGCAGACGACGCUUUCGAGGCCGAACACAUUUGCACGCGUUCUUGCGGUCGUCUCUUGAAGUGCGGGAAUCAUGUCUGCGAAGAACUUUGUCAUAAAGGGCCUUGUGGUUCAUGCAGAGAAGCGAUAUUCGAAGAGAUUGCCUGCAAUUGUGGAAGGACGGUUCUUGAGCCUCCUCUGCCCUGUGGCACACAGCCCCCACCCUGUCGCUAUUCUUGCGAAAGACCCAAAGCGUGCGGGCAUCCUCAAGUUCCUCAUAACUGUCACCAAGAUGACGGCCCUUGUCCGAAGUGUCCCUUUCUGGUUGAGAAACGCUGCAUGUGUGGCAAGAAAUCUCUCAAGAACCAGCAGUGUUGGCUGCGUGAUGUCAGCUGCGGUGUCGUCUGCGGGAAGAAGCUCAAGUGCGGCGUUCACGCUUGUCGCAAGCCAUGCCACCGAACAGGGGACUGCGAAGGCGCUGGUGGACAGCAGUGCCUGCAGCCUUGCGGAAAGCUCAAGAAGAUCUGCGGUCAUCCAGACGAAGCUCCGUGCCACGCGCCAUAUCCAUGCAAAGAGGAGAAGCCUUGCCAGAACAAGAUAUUCAUUACCUGCGACUGCCAAGCUCAAAAGCAAGAGAUGAAGUGUGGCGCCUCCAAACACACGGAGGGCAACCUCAACAAGUCUCUCCCAUGCAACGAUGAGUGUGCAAGGCUGGAACGUAACCGCAAGUUGGCAGUGGCACUCAACAUUGACCAGUCAGCGCACGUUGACGGCCUGGAUCACAUUCCAUACUCCAGUGAGACACUGAACAUUUUCGCCAAGCAGGUGAAGUGGGCACAGACCCAGGAACGCGAAUUUCGUGUCUUUGCAGCGAGCGAAGAUGAGAAGCGCCUGCGAUUCAAACCAAUGCAGCCACUACAGCGGUCCUUCAUCCACUCUCUGGCAGAAGACUUUGGUCUGGACUCCGACAGCAUCGACCCAGAACCGCAUCGUCAUGUCAUCGUCUGGAAAACACCGCGGUUUGUCUCCGCGCCCAACAAGACACUGGCCGACGCGCUUCGACUCCGGCAGCAGACGAUGCGAUCCACAAAUGUGAGUGCCAACGCAUCCGAUACCGAAGGUGCUUCGUCUAAGCCCAGGCCCAAGCCGAAUUUGAAUUUGUUCGAGCCUUUCAACAGCUUUCGCGUGACCAAGCCACGGUUUGGUCUCACCAUCGACGAAGUACGUGCCGAGGUCAACAAUGUCAUACACCCAGGAACACCAUUCACAUUUGACAUCGAAUUCCUGCCCAGCGAAGAAGUUGUCCUCAAGGCGGUCAGCAGAACUUUACCUGCACCCGAGUUAGAGCAGAUGCUGCAGAAUCUUCGUAUGCCUCUCGCCACAGCUAUCGCUUCUCGGGGAUAUGGUAAUGUGCAACUUUGCACCACGGACAGCUCUCUGAACAUCACAAGGUACGAGUCCGAUGGUGCCAGUGGUGAUGGGUGGUCACGAGUUGCCGCGAAGAAAGCUGCUCCCAAGACUUCGCUUCAGAGUGCCGGAUUCAGUGGCGGCGGUAAUGCUUUUACCGCUCUGUCUGGUGGUAAAGUCACGUUCGCCAAGAAAGCACCAGUCAAGGCAAACAGCAAGCCGAAGCCUGAAGAAAUUGCCGAUGACUGGGAAGCUGCAGAGCUGGCUGAAGAGGAGAAGGAAAAGAGUGCUCACGCCAGCGAGAAUGAAGCGCAUGCUUCCGACGUCGCCACUGACGACGAAGAAUUGACGAAUGCCCAGCAAGCUCUGCCGGUGUCCACCUCGCAGGAGGAUGCAUCAAUUGAGAAGCAGGUUUGGGCAGAUGAAGUCGAACGGACUGAGUCCAUUAGGGCCCACGAUUGA